CAGGAGGCUAGGCGGCGGAUAGGUCAGAGAUGAUGAGGAUCAUGAGUGAAGAACAAGUUGGUGGUCCCAUUUGGUUUUAGAAAGAAGCACCGCGACUCACUGUUGUAUAGUACGUUGUUUGAUCAACCUUUUUAUGACUAGCAGAAACCCAAUUUAACCGAAUCUCAUGGCAAAAAUUGCUCCCGCGACCACGGCCGCACCUGAAGAAUGGGGCCGGCUGGAAGGCUUUGGUGUCGGUCAGGCCUCCGGUAGAGGAAUGCGAUUGCUUGCGCAGAACAAUUUGCUGAUGCGGAAUCUGGCGCAGCUGAAAAAGCCUCCGCAGGAGCUGCGGGAGCACGAGCAGGAAAAUGGCGACGCCAUAGUACACCUUCCCGCAACCAAUGCACUGGCAGCCCAGACGAGCCAGACCAUAAGCAACCUCGAUGGAGCAGCUGACCUCGAGCCUGAUAGAAGCAAGCGACGAAAAAUCGAGGAGGACCACAUUGUGAGUACCUGGCAAACAGGUGCAACCGUCCUCGUCGCUGAUGUGCCUUCACGACCGAGCUCCCCAAGCGAAACGGACGAUGAAAAGGACGAAGAGGUGGUAGAGGGACCUGCAGUGACUAAAAUCCCCCAAAAUGUUGAAUCAUCCCCCUCUUUACCCCCAGCGACUACUGCAGCAGCAGAGCGCCCAUCCACAUCUUUACAGAAGGAGACUAGUACAACACAACCGGCGACUGACUCCAGCACUGCAAAGAAACCCAGCAAACCGAAACCGACCUCGUCCCGAACAAGCACGACAUCAGCACCAUCAUCUGCACACCUCCUCCGCCUCCAGAAGACCAAACCCGCCACCCCGUCGGACACCGUGUCCGGCCCGGCCUUCUACAGCGAGCGCACCGGCGACCCGGUGUUCACCUUCGGCAACUACGAGACGUACUACAACUAUCGCACGUUCGACGAACGGGUAAGCCGGAUAGCGUUUGAAUUGGACAAGAACUUCUCCUUCACUCUAGAGGGGAAAAACGUCCUGGACAUCGGCUGCAAUUCCGGGAACGUGACCGCCGUAUGGGAGUGUCAGUUUUGAAAUCGACAAAGGUGAAAUAAUUUGCCAUGCAUAAAAUCAAUGGAUGCCAGUUAGACCUGCAGUCUGUAUUCGGUGCAUGACAAAUUUUCCCGGUCCUGGAAGCGAGUCUGUCAUGCGGUUUAGGGCAAAAGAGCUGCCUUCUGUCAUGCUAGUCAGCAAUCCAACUUUUGACCCUUGCCAGGACUAGAAUCUGCCUCCCUUGCGUCCUCUGCAAUAAAAUCACUUUCUGUAUCGCAUUUUAUGCAUUACAAGUUAUUUCAACUUUGUCGAUUUCAACUCUGACACAUCCAUACGCCGGGUUCGCCGAAUAUUCGAAGACCGGACGGGUUGUCGGCUGCGACAUCGACGAAACCCUAAUUGCGAAGGCGUGCUGUAAGUGGCUCCUGCACGGAGAUGGGGGACGACGACAGGGCGGGCAGGAGGAUCUUCACACGGCUCAAAGCGACUGGAUGUAUGGGUCGACUCCAGCAUCUUGGUCGACAACUACGUGUUCCAGUUCAUCCUACUCAAACCUAUUCUUCGAUGUGGCGAACUUUGCCACGGAGAAAGGCCAGAUCCGGUUUUGCAAGGAGAAAGGGUUGCAAAUUCUCAAGGACCAGCUGCACUACACGAGGGAACGACCUGCUGAUGUGCGAAUAAAGGAUACACAAGAAGUCCGACUGGCGACUCCUCCUCAUGGCAAGCACCAGAACCACGACGCGGUUGUGCGAGAAUGUGCUCCUUCACCCCCUGGUCCAGAAGGAGUUUAUUCGGGUCAACAAUUCGUUUCCUUCGACGUGAUUGUGGCCUUUUCCAUCACAAAGUGGGUCCACUAUCAGUACGGCGAUGCGGGGAUCCAGCGGUUUUUCGAUCAGAUCUACGAGAACCUGAAGCCCGGCGGCUACUUCAUCCUGGAGCCGCAGCCCUGGAGCAGCUACAAGAAAAAGCAGCACCUGACUGCGGACAUCAAGCAGCGCGUCGCGGAGGUGAAAAUCCAUCCGGGCAGUUUCACGCGCUACUUGUCGGGUACGAUGGAGGUGGGUUUGUGUGAGUCGAAAAUAAACGGAGCAGGAGCCUAUGGUGGAUUCGAGUUGAAGAAGCAAAUAUCGGGGAAGGAAUUGCCGGGGUUUGACCGAGAUGUGUUCAUUUAUCAAAAACUUGGGGGAACAAAGUGACUUCGAUCAUGUUCCUGAACAACAGCGUUUGUUCAUAGAAUAUUUUGAUUGUUUACCACCAAAAUGCGAAGACCACGCGAUAUUGCGAGUAUUUGAUUUUCUUCCAACGUGGUAUGGGAGACGAAAGCGAAACAGGACAUAAUUUCGUGCAAGCAGCUGACCCUUUUGAAGCGACAUCGUCUGUAAUUUUAACUUCCAAUACAUCAUGGAUGCGGGAGCUGCUCUGUGUGUUCGACGACAUGAAGCGCCUGCGCUAGUUUUGUUCUCGUAUACAGCCUGCUGUUUAUGUGCCAAAACAAAACUGACCCGAG